AUGGGGCGGACCGGACCGAACCGGACCGGGGAGGGGACACAUACACUGUGGGCCGCCCCCUCUGCGCUCUGCGGCCCGGCGCGGCGGGCGGUGUGCGGACAAAGGGGACGGUGUCAGGGGUGGGAGCGCUCCCGCACAACCCGCCCUGCCCGGGAGCGGCGGCGAGGAGCCGUCCACGGCGACAGCACCGGCAGAGCAGAGCUCAGCCGGCUCCGGUUUCUCAGCGCCGGUUCCGCUCCCCGGGGGGCGCAAAACGGGGUGGGGGAGCGGAUGCCACCGCGGGGCGGGCAGCCGUCCGUCCCCGAGGCGAUCACGGGAAACCGAGACACGCGUGUCGGAGCCGCGGGGAACGGGUCCAGCCUCCGGGAGAGCGGAAGCCUCAACCGACCGUUCCCCCGCCCGAAGCCGGGCAAGAUCCCGAACCGGGGGAUGCUCCGGAGGGCCCCGGCCCGCCGAGUGACACAGUUCCCGCUGCCGGGGCGGUCCCGUGCGUGGGACCCGCCGCACCAAGGCCCGGUGCUGAGCGGGCUUCAGCCGCCGCGUCCACGCAGGAUGAGGCCAGGCAAAGCCUCUCCUGAACCGGUCACACCCCCACCCGGCUCUCCUCCGUUAAGCACCUCGAAGCCGCCGCGCUCACGCGUGGGAGAUCCCACGGUGAGCGUGGCCCCGAGGAUCUGGUUGCGCCUGUUCUCGGGUAAUGAGACCGCGGCUCCGCCCGCCCGGGGCUCUCCUUUGGAGGCGGUUUGUGAUGGGGGGGCGCCGGGUCACUCGUGGCUGCGGGACCACGUCCCCAGUGAGCCUGCCCGGUGCAGGGGCUGCGGAGUGCUUGCCUUCCGCCGGCCUGAGACCUCACCGGGGGGAAGCACCGGCCCCGGGGUACAUCGGAACCGGCAGCAAAGUCCGGCGGGCACUGGCGUUGUCCCCGUCCCGGGGAUCGUUGUGUACCAGGGCUCCUGCCCGGUCUCGCUACACGAGCGGACAUGGACCUCCAACGGGGCCACGGGAACCGCGGUUCCUCUGCGGUGGGGGGACCCGGGUGGGAACCUCCACGGGCGACUCGCGGGGUGCAGAGCCCCCCCUUCCGCCGCCGCUGAAGGAGCUGAAGCCGCGCUCACCGGAGGAGAAGGGACAUCAUCCCCCGCGUUUCGCCCGGGCAUCAGCGGCGGGAACAGCUCCUUCCCCCGCCGUGACCCCCGCGGGAUUCACGCGUGGCCGGGGCUGGGCCCCCGGUUUCUGUGCGGGGGGGGUCCGGAAGAAAACGAGACUCAAACGAGAACGGCGCGGGGGAAGCAGCGGGGAGCGGCCGCCGGCUCGUGGGGGUCCGGCGAAAGCCCCCGGGCCGCGGGCGAGCCGGGGCCGGAGCUGCGGCCACGCGUGGGGGUCUUGGCCCGGAAGGAGAAGCGGGACGGAGCCUCCCCGGCGCCGCGGGACGAGACAGUGGCGGGCGGCACCGUCCCGGGUCCCUCGGGCAGUUCCUCCCGCUGCCGGCGGGGGCCCUGGGAUCCCCUUCGCCGGGCGCCGGUGGCGCUGCCGAGACCCCGCAAGCCCGCCCGGGCCACCGGGCGCAGGAGCGGAGCCCGGGCACCGGCCGCCCUCUGCGUUCCCGGGGUCAACGGCAGAAGCUGCGCGGGCGCCCCACGGGGUCUCGGCCGGGCGGGGGCUUGUCGCCUCCGCGCCCCCCCCACCCCGCCGGCCCCGACCCUGCCCCGGGAGUUCGGGGGCUCAGCGCGGACUCGGGGACGGCUGUGGCCCGGCGAGAGCGUGUGCCGCUGCGGCGAAAGCGUGUUCCGCCCAUCUGGCCCCAAAUCCGCCCCUCGGCCGCCGGGUCUCCGCUACCCCGACCCGUACUCGUGCGAUGAGCCUCUCGGGUGUCAGUGGGUCCUCGCGGGUCACGGCGUCCGGCUCCCCCCUCGUUUCUCUCUGCGCGGGGGCUGCCACGGCUGCAGGAUUUGCAACGAAACCGGGGGGCUGCUGCCCCACCCCGGGACCGCGCGUGGGGCGGCAGGGCGAGCACGCGUGUCCGAGCGCGGCGGCGGGGCGGGGGGGAGCGGGCUCCGAUCCAACUCUCGGCGUGAUCGAUCCCCGCGGCUUCUGUCUGCUCUGGUGACCGUGCUUUGGAAGCUGCUCCGCCCCACGAACACCCGCGCCCGGGACUGCCAGGAACUAGCCCAGCUCUCGAGCCAAGCCGCGUGGCCGCAGCGCUGCGGCCGCGGGGAAAAGCGGGGACCGAGAGAGUUAAAGUCAACCUCCCGCCUGCCCGGUCCCGAACCGACCCGGCAGCCCGGCCCGACCUCGCGUCCCGGGAGAGGCACCCUGGACCCCGGCCGGGCCGCGGGUACCGCCGGGCAGGGCGGAACGAGCCCCGGAGUCUCAUUCCACGAGAACUCCCUGCGUGUGUGGACACCCCCCCCGCACCCUGGGGGCAGCCGGUCCCCGGUUCCCGAUCCGCCCCGCCGCCCGGUUCCGCUCCGGGCUUCUCCCGGGCCGGUCCCAUCCCUGAGCCGGCUGGGAAAACGAUUCUCUUCACCCGUGGCUGAACGGAGCCGGGACGAGCCCCGGGGCAAAUCCACGCUGCCCCGGGCCGGUGCCGGCCUGUCCCGGCGGGGCGGGAGAGGACUCGGGGACCCCUCGCGCACCGCUGGCCCCCGCCCUCACCGGGUCUGGGUCACCCCGGCCGCCCGCCCGUUGCCUCUUCGUUUCCGAACCGCUUGGGGCGAAGCAGGGAGUCAGCGACCGACCCCGGGCUGCGGCACCUGCCCCUGGCGCGGGACCGAGGGCAGGAGAGGAGACGGGGACAUACACGGGGCUGCGGUCACGCGUGGGUUCGCUGCUGACGGGACUGGUCCGCCCGCCUCUUUCCCGCCCCGCCCGGAGCCCCGCAUCCCCCGGUGCUACCGAGGCUGCUGCCGGCGGGGUCCCGGGAGUGCCCGGUCCGCAGACGGGAGGUCUCCGGGGGUGCCUGCGCAGCGCUGCCCCGCGGGGCCGCUCCUUCCCCCUCCCCGCAGGCCAGGAAUUCCCGUGCGAGGAAGUUUUCGUGUCCACUUUUUUGACAUCGAAUUAAAGGUGUCGCUGGUCCCUCCUCCGGGGCUCGGAAUGGAGCCGCCGCGACGGUGGGACAGGCUCAGCGGAGCCUCCGAUUCGGGGGAUCUUCACUCCGGGUUGUGCUAUCUGGAGCACGCCGAGCACCGCGAGGCCAUGAGUCCCCGACAGAGCCGCCGCUCUCUGCCCGGUCGGCCGUUAUUUACCGGUUACCGGGGCCUUUGCCAGAUGGUGCGGGGACCACACCGGGGAGCAGCCCCGGGACCGAGCGGGACAUCCGCCCCCGGACAGCCGGUGCUGGAGGACAGCAGCGGUCCCGCCAACCGGGGCGGCAGAGACCCGUCCGCCGCUUUCGGUUCAGCCCGCCCCGGUUCGGCCCCGGGGGCGGGCGCGGGGAGCAGUGGGCACGACCCGGGCUCGUCCCCGGGGUGUCGCACGGAGACGCGACACUUCCCGCUGCCCCGAUUAAUUCCAGGUGCUUUCCAUAGGUGGCACCGUCCUCCUGGAAAUGGCGGCCGCAGCGCAGCCGGUGGCGAUCCCGCCACCCCCGGGGGGGCACCGCAGCUCCCGUCGACCCCGGACCCCCCGCUCCGCCGGCUGCAGCAGAGCCGAGCGCCCCCCCUGCUCCGGCGAGGCUGA